CGCGGCGGCAUUUGCAAACUACAAAGAAUUCCAUAAAGUGGUCGCCACUUGACUCCGACUUUAUUUUCGUGGCUAUCAACAGUUUUCAUUGUUACUUUGAGUGGAACCGCAAGAUGAAUCGCAGACAGGGAAUGAUCUUAGUAGAGAGCUCGAGCGGGGAAUACGACACGCUGGCCAAACUGCACGAACUCGCAGCGACGGACAGCGAGAGCGAAGGAGAGGGGGCGGUGGACUAUGGGCUGGUGGAGUCCUCCUCGCCGUCCAGCGGAGACGAUGGCUCCUACCACAGCGACAACGACGAAUUAGCCGAGUAUUGGGAUCCUUACUGUAAGUCUCCGCGGCGGGCCGACCGCACCGUGUGCGAAUUAGCUAUAUACUAGCUCAGAUGAACUGCAGCUACGCUACUCAAGACGAUUGUAGUUCGUUCGUAGCAUAAUUAUUAGACAGUUGCGGUAGCUGCAUGUGUGGGGUUUAGAAUGCUAGCUACUGGUACUUCGACUUUCAAGGCACUCGUAAACAAAUCCCGGUGCACUGGGGACUCUAAUUUGCGGUGCUUGAGGUCUUGAGGUGGUUUGUGGUCAACGCAAGAGGUUUACCCUGCCCGUGAAUAUUAUGGUGGCCUGUCUUUUCCUCAGUGUACCAGUUACAGUUGAAGGCACCAUCUCCUCGGUGUGUUCCCUGCUCUGCAGAGGUGAGUCCAGGGGAGGAUUUUGCUGCCAGAGCUCUCAUCAUACUCCCAAUCUCUGCAUGUGCACUCUCCCUAUUGAGUUGUGGUCGGCUUUUGUCUGCCGAUCUCAGCUCCAUGCCAGCAGUCUUUAAUAUACAAUUCCCUCCCCCUUCUCCCUCCCUCUCCUCUCUUUCUUUCCCUCAGCUCCCAGGCUGCCCUGCCUACUACGGAGAAGAGUAAGUGUAAUGCGAAGUGGCUGUGAUACAAUAUGAUCGUCUGCUGUCCCCAUAGGUUCCAUGGCAGUAUCUCACGAGAGGAGACCAGUAAACUCCUGGGUACAACUGAGGGUAACUAUCUUGUCCGCAGUGGCCUCAGCCAUGCUGGCUCCUACAGCCUGUCCUUUGUAUUUGGUGGGCAGGUGAGGCACUACAGACUCUACUAUGAUGCUGAGGAGAAGCGCCAUCUUGUAGGUGAGAAACCAUUUGACACAAUCGAGGACCUGGUUCAAGAUGGACUCAUUACUCUGUACAUGGAGGCCAACAAUGUGGAGGAAUAUCUUCAGACUGCUCGCAGGAGGACUCGUCGACUCACCACCUCUUCCUCAUCCUCCUAUUCCUCCCUCCCUCCUAUCACACUCCCCAGACCACACCCCCAGGCCUCCGCCAAACCAGAGCCGCUACUGGAAGAAGCAGAAGAAGCCACACCCUCUCCUCCACCCCAUUCCCCAGCUCUCAUCUCCCCUCCACCGGCCUCCUGUGAACCGUCCCUCCCACGAGAAGAGAGAGAGAGGUCUAGAUCUGUUAGUGUGUCCAGUGGGUCUUCAGAGCACAGUCUGAGAGUGAGGAGACCCAGAGCCUAUGAUGAGGUGGAGGACAUCACAUUCGGACAGCACAGAGUAUCGCAGUACAAACAAAACAAGCAGAAUUCUCUCUUCUAUUUCCACUACGACAAGCCUCACAGCUUCAAGUUGCACAACUAUAUUGGCCUAGCAUGGUGCGAAUUUUGCCGUAACUUCAUGUGGGGUCUGAGAAACCAAGGUUACCGUUGCAAAGAUUGUGGGUACAAUGUUCACAAGCAGUGUCGCGGGGAGACGGGUCUGGACUGCCAGCCAUCUCGACUGCUGGUCAAGAGAGUCUACUGUGUGGAACUGACCACUCUGGUCAAGAUGCAUGGAACCAAGGUCCCUGUAGUGGUCAGCAGCUGCAUCGAGGAGGUGGAAAAGAGAGGGCUGGGUCUGGAGGGGCUGUACAGAGUGUCAGGGAUGACUAGUGAAGUGUUGAAGAUCAAGAAGGAAUUCGACAGAGAUGCCAGUGCGGACCUGCAGGCCUACGUUGACCCACAUGCCAUCACUGGAGCUCUCAAACUGUACCUCAGAGAACUGCCUGUCCCUCUCAUCACAUUCGACGCCUACGACAUGGCCCUUAUUGCCGCAGGUAUAUACAGUAGUCCUUGGUUUCGAGCCACACUUUAGUUUCAAGAAAGAGAGUUGUAAAGAGAGGAAAGAAGUGAGUAUUGAGCGUUUGUUGUGUUGUGUGUGCAGGUUGCAGGAGACAGGACGAGAGACUGGAGACCAUGAGCAAGGCCCUGUCCAGACUGCCCCCAGCUCACUACAAUACUCUCAGACACCUCCUCAGACAUCUCUACAAAGUGCAGAUGAUGAAGUCGGCUAACAGGAUGGAUGCCAAGAACCUGUCAGUUGUCUUUGCCCCUACCCUCAUGCGAUCCCCUGACAACACCGGAGAUCUGUCAGCUGUCCAGAAACUUCCCCACCAGAGGAAGGCAGUAGAAGUUCUCAUCACACAUUGCCACAAACUCUUCCAGUAUUAACACAACUCUCUCCCUCCCAUCCCUCUGAUAUAUUAUAGAGCACCAUAUAAGGCACCAUUAUAAACCCCAUGCCAUCAGCUGUAUCUGUGUAUACUGCACUGAGAAAAUCAUUAAAUUCUUGACAUAACUGAGAUAUAAUGAUGAAGGGAGUGGGUUGCUAAACUGAAGGUGUUCGAGUUCUUUCACUGGAGACCAGAGACAGGGUAUGUCUCAUCAAUCUUCUUUUACACUGCAAAAUCUUGUGAUGAAGAGGCAGACACCUUCUUUUGUGGACACAACAGGUCAGGUUAGGUAUCCCUGGCAUG